AAAGGAGGUCAUGAGCUUCAGUGUCAGUUUCCAACUACAUCGACCGAAUUAUCUGGUCACACUUCAUUGCUAAGCGACUGAGAAAUUAAUAAAAAAUGGGGAACGUACCAUCAGAGAGUCACAUGGGCAACGGCCUGAGAUGCAUUGUAUGUGAUAAAGUCUUGCCUCCGUGCCAUUCUUUCAACGAUUUGUACAAAACUACUCUCAAUGGCCAACAUGUUUAUGUCUACAAUGGAGGCGAAUACUACAGACCAGUCGGUUACAAUAAUCAAUACCAAUGCCAACAUUGUUUUUAUAAGCCAAUCAGAGAUGAGGAACAAAGGCAGAGAGAGGAGGAGAGGAGGAGAGAAGAAGAGAAAAAGAGAGAGGAGCAGAGGAAAGAAGAGGAGAGAAAGAGAGAGCAUCAGAGACAAGAAGAGGAGAGAAAGGCUCAAGAGGCUGAAAAAAGGAGACAAGAAGAACUAAAUCAAAGGCUUGAGGAAUCACAAAGGCAAGCAGAAGAGCAUGAAGAGAGCACCAUGAAAGAGGAACUUGUGACCAAGCGACGCGUUCUUAUAGGCCAUCUGGAUGAAUUUGAAGCAAAGAACAAAUCUGAUUAUGAUGAUCUUCUGGAAACUCUUUCAUCAAAAUGCAACAUCCCAGUUUCAGACCUCAGUCUGGUUCAGCUGAGUUCUGACCAGCUGGGCAGCAUCCUGUCAGCCCUGGACAAACUCCUGUUUGAUGAAUGGAUCAGUGCUCCUCCAUCUCUGAGCACUCUGCAGCAUGCCCAGGUGUUAAUCACAGAGCUGUGUGCCCUGUCCCUGGAGAUAUCUGAGGGAGUUUCCCUAAAGAGCAUCUCCAAUCAUGUGCAGUCCCUGGUGAGCCACAUCAGCCAAUCAGCAUGCAAUGUCUCUGAGAGUUUCCUGCUGACUCAAGCCCUGUACCUGAACCUGAUGCACUUCUUCACUGACCCUGGCAGCUGUGAUGCAGCUUUCAUAGCUAAACAAUGGGCUGAGCAGGACCUCACAGCUGGAGAUCUCUUUCUUAUAGAAUUCUUGGGCACACUCACAACAUCACUACAGAGUGCAGUUUGAAGAGCCUCCACGUUCAUUUUGAAGAUGGAGAUCCAGUGCUUUGAGCUUCUCCUAUCCACACUCAAACAUCUAAAUGGCAAGGAGAGACAUGUAGGAUGCAUCGAAAUACUCCUAAGAAUUGUGCAAACAAACAAAUGGACACCAACUGAGGCAGUGACUCUGCUCAAAGUGCUGUCAGAGAAAUAUAAAGAGGAUGCUCCCAUCACUAAAGUGCUCACAUCAGUACAAGUGUAUGACCUAUCACCAGAGUGGAAAGAUGACUCCGGACACUCCCUCCACCAAACUCUGGACGUCCUUGGCCCUGAGAGAUUCCUACUGGACUUCUGUAAGACUCUCAGAAAACAAGAUGAGAGCAGUCUAUAUUCAUCACUAGCAGAAUUAAAAACACUCAAUAACUUAGAUGAGUCUGUUGUCACCAUGAUGAAAAACAUUGCCAACGGUGUCCUAAAAUAUUCAGAAACUGCCCCAAAAGGUGAACCUUUUAUGAGAGAUUCCUUCAAAAGUGGAAACCUGAAUGCAAAUCAAAUCCAAAAUUCACUCUCUCAGUUGUGCAAAGCAGUGUCUGACACCAAAGGCUGGUGGCCAACAGUGGUGCUGACUGAGAAGACCGCAAAAACAAGGAUUGGUUGGUGUGGAGUUGGACCCAUGUGUCACAGCCAUGUUUGCAGCCACAAAAGUCCUCAUGGGAAAGAAAGUGGACAUUGUGUUGAGCUCUAACAUUCACUCACUCAAACAAACUAAAGAGUGGUCUGACUUCUACAAGCACCUGGGGAUUUCACUCAACACAAACUUGAGGAAAGAUAAUACAUCAUUGAUGGUUGUCUAUGAAGACGACAUUGUAUAUGGUGCAAUGGAUGACUUUGUGUCUGAUUACCUUCAAUGUGGCUUGGAGGGAAUGGAAGUGGGGAGCCCUCUCCUUAGUCGAGGAUUUCUCAUUGAAGACAGGUGCCUCAGUGCUUCCUAUAAUCUGGAACUCUCAGUGCUCAAGGAAAAUAAUGCUUUGGUGUUUGCUGCAGACACUCUGAAAAGCAUUAUGGGUACUUUUUACAGUGAGGAGAUGGAACUGAGAGACAAAUUUAUCAAGGCUCUUUUCCAGGUCCUCCAUUCUAACCUUAACAAACGCACAGAUGAAGACAGUAAAGUCAUAUCCUUUUCACAGAAAUGCACUGGAAAAGACCUGCCUUCCAAUAAGGUCUAAAACCUGUUCAUUCUUGAGAAACUUCUCCAAGAGUUUAGUGAAGAAACGGAAUGUGAGAAACAAGGGGCAUCCCUGGUUGGCAACUUGUGUUUGGAGAUUCUUUUUUCCCAUGUAGGGCAAUUCCAGAUGGUGUCAAAUCUUAAAGCACAAAAAAGAUGGUCACCAGAGGAGGUUAUAGCCCUCCUUGUAACUUUAACUGACCACCAUCACGAUAAAGACUGCAUUUCUAUCAUGAAGAUUUUACAUCUGAUAGAAACAUACCAAGUGUCUUCUAAGUGGACAAAUGGGAAGAAUCAGUCUCUCCUUGAGCUCUUGAGCAUUCUUGAUACUAAGAAACUGAUUCAGAACUUGGAAAGAGGCUUUGAAGAGGAGGAAAUAAAAAGUCUUGAGUGUCUUUUUGAUGAAUUACGGCAGAUGAAAAACAUGGACGAAAAAACCCUGGAGAAGUCUUAUUCUAUAGUAAAGUGGAUGCAAAACAUGAUUAAAUCUGGCGAAAUCAAAAAACACAAUAAUCUGAAGCAAGCAAAGCAGCUGAGUCAUAGCACAAACACAGAAGACUUACAGGAGAUCCUAGCAGUCUUAUGCAAUGCUGUACACGUGUGCAAUGCUGAAGAAAAGUGGUGGCCAAGAGCCACUCAGUUGACAAGCUGGUGCUUCUUGGCUUUGUCUGACACUGGAAAGCUUCUGGAGAUGGGAACUGGAGAGGGGAAGUCAUGCGUCAUAGCAAUGUUUGCAGCACUGCGUGUACUCCGGGGCGAAAAGGUUGAUGUGGUGUCCAGCUCAUCUGUUUUAUGUCAAAGAGAUGCAGAAGAAUGGAACAACUUCUACAAGUACUUUGACAUCACGGCUGACACGAACACAAACAAGACUAAAGAUGAGGAUAGAAAAAAAUGCUACCAGAAGGAUGUGGUCUAUGGAACAAUUGAAACCUUUGCUGCAGAUCACCUUCGCCAGAUAUUUGAGAUGAAGGAUGUGAGAACAGAUCGCAGCUAUCAGUGUAUCAUCAUCGAUGAAGUGGACUCACUGCUGUUGGAUCAGGGAGUACAGCUGACAUAUCUCUCCAGCCCAAUGGUUUCCAUGCAGCACCUGAAUGUUAUCCUGGCCAUGAUCUGGGGCCAUGCCUGCCAGUAUGGCUUCUUGUCCACAGGACACAUCACAUUCGUACAGGGUCCCCCUUCUUCAUUCUACAAGAGCAUAUUUGACUCAAUUGACAUGGAUGGAAUAGAUGACCCCAUGGACAUUUUACAUAUUGCUGAAGAGUCAGGGAUUGUGCCUGAGGGAUUUACAAAGGAAAUCUACAAUGGCGAAAAAGACGAACUUCUCAUGAAACUGAAAACUGUGAGUUAGGUUGACGUGAUCGAUUUUUUCCAAAAGAUUGAGCAGUAUGUCCCCUAUGGUUUCACUGUGUACACGUUAGAUGAUAAUGGAUUGCUCUCUCUUAGAAAGGCCACACCGUACAACAACCCAGACAUUCCAGAACUUACAUUUCUUGUUUUGGAUGAUGGCUUAUGCUCUGCUCUCUAUGAUUCUGAGGAAGUCCUCACCAAUCCCAUCACAGAAUUCAUCUUAGAAAAGAUUCAGUACACUCCAUGCUCAAACAAUACCGGGAAAAUCAGCAUCCCUGGAUUCUUGAAAAAUCUGAUAGAGAGUAAAUUGCCUGUUUGGGUUCAGAAUGCCUUUCUGGCAAAGAGACUGAGGCAAGGACGAGAGUAUGUUGUGGAAAAUGACUGUGUCUGUCCCGUUGACUACAGAUCUACGGGUAUUGUGGAACUAAGUAAGAAAUGGGGUGAUGGCCUGCAGCAGUUUGUUGAGAUCAAACACCAAAUCAAAAUGAGCACAAUUUCAACAGUGACAAACUUUAUCUCUAAUCUUUCCUUUUUUGAAAAAUACAAUGGGAAAAUAUAUGGGGCCACGGGGACACUGGGGAGUGAAACCGACUUGCUUAUGCAGGAUCUAUAUCCCAAUCUCUCAGCCUGUAAAAUGCCAAUUUUCAACCGGAGGAAGUUAUUUGAGGUCAAGGGCAAUCUGGAGACUUCAGCCGAAGAGUGGAAAUCUAAAAUCACCCAUGUAGUUAUGGAUCAAAUUUCCCCAAAUGCAUACAGAGAGGGGAGAGCAGCCUUGGUGAUCUGUGAAACCAUUACCAAAGCUAAAGAGCUCUAUGAAGCGCUAAAACCUGUCAUCCCAGGUCAAAUCAUUCUCUACAGCCGGAGUGACAAAGACAGUUUGAGCAAAAUAGAUAAGAAACUGGAUCCUGGGGAUGUCAUUGUUGCCACAAACCUGGCUGGACGUGGCACCAACAUCAAAGUGUCCAAAAAGGUGAACAAAAAUGGAGGAUUAUUUGUGGUCCUCUCCUUCCUUUCUGAGAACACAAGAGUGGAACUUCAGGCAUUUGGCCGAACUGCACGCAAGGGUAAACCUGGAUCUGCACAGAUAAUCAUGACCACUGAUCAUGUACAGGAGUCCCUCAAGACAGUGUCAUCUCUGGAGGAGGCAAAGGAAACAAGGAAUAGACUGGCAGCAAAAAGGACAAAUGACAUGAUGGAUGAUGUUACUGAGAUGAAACUGCGGGAGGACCUUUUCGCAGAGUACUGCAAGACCCUCCAGGCAAUUUACAGGAAAUCCGAGGGAGAUGACCAAACAGUUAUUGUUGCCAUCAUGAAUGAGUUCUGGGGGAUUUGGUUGCAAACUAAAUCAGAGGAAAAUUUUCAACUUAAAAAGACAUGAAUUGGAAAAGAGCUUGAAAGCUGAUUUGUCCCUGGCACAAAGUCAGUCUCAAAGUCAGACUUCACCAUGCUCAAGCAUUUACCACUACAUCAAGUUUGGGAAUCUCGCACUCGGUGAAAAAAAAUGGGAUGUCAGCAUGAAGCUAUUUGAAAAAGCAAUGGGACAAGAUGAAUGUUGGGCAGCCAUAGCUUUUUACAAUCAUGCAUGCUGCUCUAUAAAACAGCAGAAGGAAGAUUGCCUGACUAUAGCCAGCAAUGAUCUCCAGAAAGCACAGGAGUCUCUGAAGUACCUCAGCGAGGAAUGCUUGGUCUGCCUGCAGUUUGUAAAAAUGGCCUCUGCUGAAUUAAAAAGCAGUGAACAACCAACCAGCCUUGAGAAACAAUUAAAAACCAAGUGCAACUUGUUCAGCUACUUUGAUAAAAACAUUUGUGAGGCUAUCGAGAAGCUGAAGGAAAUAAAAGACAAAGGGAGGGAUGCAACAACCAAGAAAUUACCCAUGUUCUCUCUGGUGUCAAGCUCAGAUGAAGAUCUCCAAAUAGAGGCCUACAAUCUGUACAGUAAAGGUCUGGAAUAUCUGUUUUCCGUGGAAGAGCAGCCUCGGUUCCCAUGGGAAGCUUUCCUGGUGUUCUGUCUCGGAAUUCUGCAGAUCGUUGGAGGGGCACUGCUCACUGCCUUUACGUUUGGAACAUUAGCUCAAGUCGGCAUGGGGCUGAUCAGUGAAGGAAUAUCCGACUGCAUCACUGGCAUUGAGUCCAUGAUUACAGGAGAAUUCAGUUGGCAAUCAUGGGCUAUAGAAAAAGCAAUAUCUAUUGGUAUUUCUCUCAUUGGGUUUGGCGUUGGAAAGCUGAUUACAAAGGGCUUCAAAGCUGCUAAAAUGUUGGUCAAGGGACUAGGAAAAAAACUUAAGGCAUUACCAAAGUUUUUCUCCAAACAGGUUAAAGAAGGCCUUAGCGUUGUUACAAAGACAAACAUGAAGAAUGCAGUGAAACAAACAGCAAAGAAAAUGGCAAAAGAAAUCAUUAGCUAUGCAUUUGGGAAGGCAGAAGAUGCUGUAUUGCUAGAAAUACUGAAAGGCAUUAAGAAUGAGAUGACAAAGGGUAUUGCAAAUGAUGUAAAAACCAACAUGGAAAAGGAUCCUUUGGCUGGAUUGGUAGACUCCAUUUUGCUCUCUCACCUUGAGGAUAAAAAGCAAAUGUCUGAUCUCCUGCAGGAUAAGAAUAGAAAGAGCAAACUUCUGGGUAUUUUCAAGCAGAUAAGCAAAACAGCCUUAGAGCCAUUCUACGCUGACCUCGAAUGGCAGAACAAGCUAAACUCAUCCAUCACUAAGGUGAUUGACAGUGCAGCAUCAGAGGCCAAAGGCAAAACACUUGCAUUUCUGAAAGUCAUUCAAGUCAUUCACAUGGCCUCACUGGCAGCUGAAGCUACCUGUGCAGUCUCCCGGCUUUCAAGCCAGUUUUUCUUAAACCUUCACAAAGAGCUGAAUAGAUUUAAAGAGAAAAAAAAAUUGACACAGAAAGUGAAACGAAAUAAAGAUCCUGGAAGACUUCAAGCUGGAUUUAGCCAACGAAACCAGUGCUUUAUUAGCAGAUGCUUUGGUAGAAGUGUUCCACCAAAAGUUAUCCAGUCACUUUGUUUCCUAUGCCAUAGGCAAAGUGAAUAAUAUCAUAGGUGAUUAUGUAAGUACUGGCUUGAAGAGUGAAAAAACAAAGGACAAACUCAGGGCUGGACAAAACAGCAGAUACAUCUCAUACAUGUCAGAACACAUGAAUUCCAAACGUAAACAGGACAGAGAGUCUGGUAAACGCUCAGAGUCUCAUGCUGAAAAGAUCAAGGGCUCCUCGACAGCCACAACUAUUCUUGAUAUCAGAGUCCUAUCCGAAACCACUGGCACUAAGGUUGUCAUACUAACACAAGACAGCCAUGGCAAGCUUAUCAAAAUGCAGGAGAUAAGCCCGAGCACCAAAUCUGCCAGUCAAACUGUGACACUGAUUUACACACAAAAGAGUUCACAACAUCCAGACGGCCAUUAUGAUGUGUCCAUCAAUAAUAAGACGGUGAAAGUAACCACCAACGAAAAUAGCAGCCUGUUUCAUGCUUUGGCACAAGGCAUGAAACCAAAGGCCACCUCAGAAGAGAUUGCCUCGGAAGCAGGUCGUCUCCGAUCUUUGGAGGCCGAUGCUCUAGUGAAACACUCAGAUCAAUGGGAGCCUUUCCUCAAGUACAAAGAGAGAACAGAUGAAGUCAGAGGAAGAGACUGGUAUAUGGCAAAGGAAGCUGGACUAAAAAUGACAGUAAAAGAAAACAAAAAGGUGAUCGAGGAAGGAAAAGUGAAAAAGUACAACGACUGGAUAAAACAUGGAAACAGCAAGCCAAGCACUGGACAGUUCAUCAAAGCAGCUCACCAACCACCAGUGGGUAGUAUAUCGCAAGCUGGAGAAUUGAAUCAGAAUAGCAAGUUAACCAAAGCCAUGCUUGAAGUGGUAACAAAGUCAACUGCUGAUGUGGAAAACUACAAUGGCUUUGGACUUCCAACUAUAUAUGUGCCAACAGAAAUGCAACAUGAGUUUCCCAGUACAACAACAAAACAAUUCAGGAAAUUAUUGGCUCGCACAAUCAGCCAGGAUAAUGUUGUGAGUGUCCUAAAACUGACCAUUCUAGGAGCAAUACCCAGAUUCAUGUGGUGUCCUGUCAUUUUAGUUUGUUAAUUUCAGUCUGUGUGUUUUCUAUUUCCUGUUUUAUUUUGUAGCCUUGCUCUCACUGUCUUGUUUCAGCUUCUCGGUGUCUCACUUCCUGUCUUUGAUUGUGCUCUCCAAUCCUCAUAUGUUUCACCUGGUGUAAUUGCCCCGGCCUUCCUGCUCUGUAUUUAAGCCUCUGUUUCCCUUUGUCUGGUGUCGGUUCGUACUCGUUGUUGUGCUAGUGGUUUCCACACGUGGCAGAUACGGUUUGUUUGUUUCAGCUGUCUCGACCAGCUUCUCCUGCUUCCUUGUUCUCCGUGCGCUUUUUCGCCAGAACUUACCUGCUUGUGUUUGUGUUUUGUUUUUGUCUUGUUUAAAGCCUUUUAUUAUAUUAAAUACCUUUUUGUUAAAAUCUCUGCAUCCUGGGUCCAUCUCCUCCUUCAAACCGUAACAGAACGAACCGACCAAACUAUGGACCCAGCAGAGGUUAAUUUAUUUUUUGAAAAAGUUUAUUAUUUUGAGUUUCUGGUGUACGAGCUGGAGGAAGGAUCCCAAGACCCUGCGGAGACCCUGAGGGAGAUCCUGGUAGUGGAGGCCUGGCUGAGGGAUCGACCGUGGGUGAGCCACACCGUGCCAUACCUCCCGGAGGUGCAGGAGAGGUUGAGGAAGCUGCGCAGCCAUACAGCCCCUUCCUCGAACCCAUUUUUUGGAACCCGCUUGGCUUUUGGUGGACCCCGCAUCCUUCAACAGAGGUCUGCAGUUGGUGGCAGAGGGCGGAGCAGUAACCCUGCAUCUUUAAGACCAGCUCGCAGGCGCCACCCUCCAGCCCCAUCCGUAGUCCUGUACGCUGGAAGCGACAGGGUUUUUUGGGGACCUCGCAACCUCAAGGGGUUUCCUCUGGCUGAUUGCGGACGUGAGAGAGGGGGGAUCCACAGCCGAAGCCAAUCCGUCAAGCAGCAUGCUCACAGGGACCAGCCACCUCCAGUCCCGACUGGGUCGCAGUCCCCAGCUCCACGCCGGAGGCUCUCAGCUGAUGUCACUCGUUCUCCGACGUCAGUGGUCCUCACAGCGGCGCCCGCUCCAGCACCUGCUUCGGUUCCAGCUCCACGCCGGAGGCUCCCAGCUGAUGUCUCUCGUUCACCGACGUCAGUGGUCCUCGCACUGGCAUCUGCUGCAGCACCGGCUCCAGUCCCAGCUCCACGCCGGAGGCUCUCAGCUGAUGUCACUCGUUCUCCGACGUCACUGGUCCUCACAGCGGCGUCUGCUCAAGCAUCGGCUCCAGUCCCAGCUCCGCGCCGGAGGCUCUCAGCUGAUGUCACUCGUUCUCCGACGUCACUGGUCCUCACAGCGGCAUCUGCUCCAGUACCUGCUCCGGUCCCAGCUCCACGCCGGAGGCUCCCAGCUGAUGUCCCUCGUUCUCCGACGUCGGAGAUCCUCGCGGUGCCAGCUCCGCACCCAGCUCCAGUGCCUGCUCCGCGCCGGAGGCUCUCGGCUGACCUCUGUGUUUCGGCGUCGGAGAUCCUCGCAGUGCCAGCUCCGCACCCAGCUCCUGUGCCUGCUCCGUGCCGGAGGUUCUCGGCUGACGUCCUCUGUUUUUUCGGCGUCGGAGAUCCUCUCGGUGCCAGCUCCGCACCCAGCUCCUGUGCCUGCUCUGCGCCGGAGGCUCUCGGCUGACGUCCUCUGUGUUUCGGUGUCGGAGAUCCUCGCGGUGCCAGCUCUGCAUCCAGCUCCGGUCCCUGCUCCCGUGCCUGCUCCGCGCCGGAGGCUCUCGGCUGACGUCCUCUGUGUUUCGGCGUCGGAGAUCCUCGCGGUGCCAGCUCCGCACCCUGCUCCCGUGCCUGCUCCGCGCCGGAGGCUCUCGGCUGACCUCUGUGUUUCGGCGUCGGAGAUCCUCGCGGUGCCAGCUCUGCACCCAGCUCCGGUCCCAGCUCCCGUGCCUGCUCCGCGCUGGAGGCUCUCGGCUGACGUCCUCGGUGUUUCGGCGUCGGAGAUCCUCGCGGUGCCAGCUCCGCACCCAGCAACAGUCCCUGCUCCGGUGCCAGCUCCGCACCCAGCUCCAGUCCCUGCUCCGCGGCGGAGGCUCCCCUCUGACGUCGCUUCUCUUCUGACGUCAGAGGUUCUCACAGCGUCAGCAUUCCCGGUCCCUGCUCCGUGCCGGCGGUUCCAACCUGACGUCCCCUGUGUUUCGGCGUCAGAGGUCUUCGCUGCACCUGCUCCGGCCCCUGCCCAGCGCCGGAGGCUUCCGGCUGGCGUCUCUCCUCUUCAGGCGUUGGAGUUCCUCGCUGCUCCUGUCCCUGUCCCGCGCCGGAGGGUCCUGGCAGACGCCACUCUGGUUCCGGUGUCUGAGGUCCUCGGUGCCAGCUCCAGUUCCUGUCCCACGUCCGGGGCUGAGGUCGGAGCUCUUGCCCUCUGCCCCUGACUGGUCUUCGGGCCACCCUCUCGAGGAGCUCCCGUGUUGGGCUCCUGACCGCCCUCCCGAGCUUCAGAACUCUGUCCCUGAGCGGCCACGGCGCCGCCAUCCCGAGCUUCUUAACUCUGUCCCUGAGCGGCCACGGCGCCGUCCUCCCGAGCUUCAGAACUCUGUCCCUGAGCGGCCACGGUGCCGCCCUCCCGAGCCUACGAAAUCGGCCGUUGAUCGGCCACGGCGCCGUCCUCCCGAGCAUCUGUGCUCAGCCACGGAGCCGUUGGCCUGAGACCCUGGGCACCUCCCGGAUUCCCUCAUCCGCUUCCCCCCUCCCCCCAACCGUCUCGGUUAUGGACCGUCUGGAAUCCGGUCCUUGAGGGGGGGGUACUGUGGUGUCCUGUCAUUUUAGUUUGUUAAUUUCAAUCUGUGUGUUUUCUAUUUCCUGUUUUAUUUUGUAGCCUUGCUCUCACUGUCUUGUUUCAGCUUCUCGGUGUCUCACUUCCUGUCUUUGAUUGUGCUCUCCAAUCCUCAUGUGUUUUUUAAUUAUUUAAGCCUCUGUUUCCCUUUGUCUGGUGUCAGUUCGUACUCGUUGUUGUGCUAGUGGUUUCCACACGUGGCAGAUACGGUUUGUUUGUUUCAGCUGUCUCGACCAGCUUCUCCUGCUUCCUUGUUCUCCGUGCGCUUUUUCGCCAGAACUUACCUGCUUGUGUUUGUGUUUUGUUUUUGUCUUGUUUAAAGCCUUUUAUUAUAUUAAAUACCUUUUUUGUUAAAAUCUCUGCAUCCUGGGUCCAUCUCCUCCCUCAAACCGUGACAAUUCAAGUUCAAUAGUGCCAAGAACUACAGAGACUUUCGGAACAACCGAGUGAGUAAAACCAGGCUUGCCAUUUUCGAAAAUAACUUUGAGCACCAUUCUAAAGAUUUGGUCAACAAAUGGUUCAACCAUCUUCAAGACAAGGGUGUCAUGACAAAGGCUGAUCUUGACACCCUUACUGCAUGGAUCAACAACAAGGGCUACGAGAAUCCAUCUGAUCCACACAGGAAGCAAGUCUCUAACCUCCUCUAAUGCAAAGUGGGAUAUUUACACCUGACAAUAUGGCUGCCAAAGAAGUCAGGAAAACUACAGACGUCUACAUACCUGUCAUGACGUUCGUGUAGACACCUGUCGGUAUUCAUUUUAAGGUCUCUUUUGGAAGUUUUGGUAAAUCUAUAUUGCUUGGGAUUUAAAGCUAUGUCCUAUCAUACAUUGGAAUUUAAUAUUCACAUGUAAAUGUAAGAGUUGCAAAUUGCUAUAUAACCCAAAGACUACAGCAAGCUUAUUUUAUCCUUUGUAUUUCACAUGUGUUCUUUAAAGUAAAUCUGAAAAAGUGAAUUCCAUGGUAAAAUAUGUUGUCUGCCAUUGGUUAUUCAGAUUGCUACCACAAUCAAACAUGCCAUCAAGAAAUCAUGUGUAAUCAGAGAAAUCCUAAAUGUUGUUCUGCGCUAGGAUAAGUGUAUUUCAGGUUGUGUUUAUUGUUGCUUAUGUCACAUUUAACAUGGGAUUUUCUAGCCAUUUCACUUUGAUUGUAUUAACUUUAAAAUGAUAUAUAUAUAUAUAUAUAUGCAGCUGUGGCUGAGGGGUACACUAGUCGUCCUCCAAUCUGAAGUUCAGCAGUUCGAUCCCCAGUCUUACCCAUCUGCAUCACCGAGGUGUCCUUGGGCAAGAUGCUGAGCCUCAAAUGGCCCCCCGAUAGAAUUGCAAAGUGCUGCGAAUAGAUGCACUGUAUGAAUAUGUGUGUGUGACUGGGUGAAUGUAAAACUGUACUGUAAAGCGCUUUGAGUGAUCAUCAAGACUAGAAAAGCGCUUUAUUAAUGCAAAACCAUUUACCAUAUAACAGAUCUAAUACAUAUAAUUGAAACACAAAAGAUGCUCUGUGGCUUUCUCAUUCAUCUAUUCCAAUGUGAUCCUCAACUAAAAAGGAAAUUUCUCUUUAUUUUA